AUGCGAACGAGGUUUCUGAAGACGAACAUCGUUUCCUCAAUCCCUCCGAAGAAUCUUCGCCCUUUAUCGCAACUCUUCUCAAGCUCCCUCCUUCCCACAGACUAUGAUCAUUUUCCCGAGAUAAUCGCUUCAACCUCCGAUUCUUCAGAGAAAAUCCCCCCGGGAGCUCCAUACCCUGAGCACCCUUGGAUUCCGUCUCAAAAUGAAGUCUUGGACACCCUCUUGCUCCACAAAGCCGACCCCAGAUCGGCGUUGAUGUUCUUCAAACAAGUAGAGAGGAAACGAGGGUUUGUGAAAACCGUUGACGUUUUAUGCUUAUUGCUUCAGAUUCUCGCUUCGAGGCCCGACACUCAUGUAGAUGCCAAGUAUUUGCUCAAUAACUAUGUGCUUGGGAAUUCAGCUCCUGCUGCGAAGGUGCUGGUGGAACUCUUGUUGGAGUAUGCAGGAAGGUACGGUUUUGAUAUAUCUGAUUCAAGGGUUUUCAAUUAUGUGUUUAAUAGUUAUGUUAGAGCUAAUAAGAUCACGGACGCUGUUGAGUGCUUUAGAACAAUGUUAGCGCACGGUAUGCUUCCUUGGGUUCCAAUUGUGAACAUGCUUUUGACUGGAAUGGUUAGGAGAAACAUGGUUCAUGAUGUGCGCCAGUUGUAUGUUGAAAUGGUUGAGAGAGAUAUUUAUGGCGAUUCCUAUACCCUGCAUGUUUUAAUGCGUGCGUGUUUGAAGGCUGGGAAGUUUGCGGAGGCUUGGAAGUAUUUCGAAGAGGCAAUGGGUAGAGGGUUGAAGCUUGACGCGGCUGCGUAUAGUAUUGUUAUUCAGGCAGUUUGUCGGGUGGCGGACUUGAAUUUGGCGUGUAAGCUGUUGAAGGAGAUGAGGGAUUUGGGGUGGGUGCCAUCUGAGGGUACAUAUGUGGCUGUGAUUGGUGCAUGUGUCAGGCAGGGGAAUUUGGUAGAGGCGUUGAGGCUCAAGGAUGAAAUGGUAAGUAGCGGUCUCCCUGUGAAUGUAGUUGUUGCGACGAGCUUGAUUAAAGGGCAUUGUAUGCUAGGGGAUGUGAAUAGUGCAUUGUGGAUGUUUGAUGAGGUUGUUGAGGCUGGUGUUACUCCCAAUGUGGCUAUUUUCUCGGUUUUGAUAGAUUGGUGUUCUAAGAUUGGGAAUGUGGAGAAGGCAAAUGAACUUUACACCAGAAUGAAACUCAUGGGCCUCCAACCCACUGUCUUUAUUGUAAAUUUUCUGUUGAAAGGAUUCCUUAAACAGAACUUGCUAGAAAAUGCAUAUAAAUUGCUUGAUGAAGCAGUUGAAAAUGGAAUUGCUAGUGUUGUUACGUAUAACAUUGUUUUAUUGUGGCUCUGUGAAUUGGGCAAGGUUAGUGAGGGUAGCAAUUUGUGGGACAAAAUGAUUGGUAAGGGUAUUACGCCUUCACUAGUUUCUUACAACCACAUGAUACUAGGUCACUGCAAAACUGGUUGCAUGGAUGACGCAUUUAAUGUGAUGAGUGAUAUUAUUAAAAGUGGCUUAAAACCGAAUGCUAUCACAUACACAAUUUUGAUAAACGGAUAUUUUAUAAAGGGUGAUUGUGAGCGUGCUUUUAAUGUGUUUGAUCAAAUGGUGGCUGCAGAUAUUGUGCCUACAGACUACACAUUUAACACCAUUAUAAAUGGCUUGUGUAGAGGUGGCCGAGUGUCUGAGACAAAGGAUAAGUUGAACACUUUUAUCAAGCAGGGUUUUAUUCCCACAUCCAUGACUUAUAAUUGCAUCAUAAAUGGAUUUGUCAAGGAAGGUGCAAUUGAUUCCGCACACUCUACCUUUCGGGAGAUGUGUGAAAGUGGAAUUUUGCCAACUGUCAUCACUUUUACUAGUUUGAUUAAUGGAUUCUGCAAAAGUAAUAAGAUUGAUCUUGCUUUGAAAAUGUAUGAUGAUAUGAAAAGCAUGGGUUUGGAUCUGGAUAUUAAUGCAUAUAGUGUUCUCAUUGAUGGUUUCUGCAAAGUGCAAGACAUGGAAAAUGCAAGCAAAUUCUUCUCUGAACUUUUCGAGGUUGGUUUGACUCCAAAUACAACUGUUUAUAACAGCAUGAUUAGUGGCUUCAAAAAUUUGAAUAAUAUGGAAGCAGCACUUAACUUGCACAAGGAAAUGACAGAUAAUAAGAUUCCAUGUGAUUUACAAAUAUACACCUCACUGAUUGGUGGACUUUUAAAAGAGGGUAAACUAAGUUUUGCUUUAGAUCUUUACUCAGAGAUGCUUUCCAGGGGUAUUGUGCCUGAUAUCUUCAUGUACACCGUUCUGAUAAAUGGACUCUGUAACCAUGGACAGUUAGAAAAUGCGGGCAAGAUUCUAAAGGAAAUAGAUGGGAAUAACUUAAUUCCUACUGUUCUUCUUUAUAACACUUUAAUUGCUGGACAUUUUAAGGAGGGGAAUCUAGAAGAGGCUUUUAGGCUGCAUGACGAGAUGCUUGAUAAAGGUCUUGUGCCUGAUGACACUACAUAUGAUAUUCUUGUAAAUGGAAAGUUAAAAAGGUCAUAUACUCCGGUUGGAGCUUGA